ACCGGGGUCGGUAGGUCAGGGAGGCCCGGAUGUCGCCUCUCUCUCUCCCUCUGCCUCUCUCUGGGUAGGAGGCGCCGGUUGCCCGGAUGUUCCUGUUGCUGCGGCGGCGGCGGCGCCCGUGGUCUGGUCGUCACCGGCGGGGGGGCGCGGAGCGGCUGGGCCCAACAUGGCUUCCCCGGCGGCCCUGAGGAGAAACCUGAAAGAGAGAUGCCCCCGUUGAAGGAGACCCGCCGUCCCCUCCGUUCCCCUGGAUGCUGGGCGGCCGGGCCCGGUUCUCGCAGACGCCCAAGAUGGCGACCUUGAAGCGCAGCCACCAGCAAGCCUGGCCGGAGGAGGAGGGCGACCGGGAGCACGGCCUCUACAGCCUGCACCGCAUGUUUGACAUCGUGGGCACCCACCUGACUCACCGCGACGUCCGCGUGCUCUCGUUCCUCUUCGUGGACGUCAUCGACGACUACGAGCGGGGCAUGAUCCGCAGCGGGCAGGACUUCCUCCUGGCGCUGGAGCGACAGGGCCGCUGUGACGAGACCAACUUCCGCCAGGUGCUGCAGCUGCUGAGGAUCAUCACCCGCCACGACCUCUUGCCCUACGUCACCCUGAAGAGGAGGAAGGCUGUAUGUCCCGACCUUGUAGAUAAGUACCUCGAAGAAACUUCGAUCCGCUAUGUGACGCCCCGAGACCAUAGCAAUACGGAGCAUCUCCCUGUGCACCAACACAAAUCUGUGCCUCCCCACCACCCGUUGGUCUGCUGCUCCUCUUCGGGCCCCCAGAUCUGCGCCAAGAGAUCCGGCCGGGGAAGGGCGCUGCUCGGCAACCAGCGGAAAAGGAGGAAGUCUGUGACGCCGGACCCGAAGGACAAACAGACCUGCGGUGAGGUUCCCGACAAGCACUUUACGCGGGACCCUCUGGGCUCCACCGGUUUGCCCCCAGACCCAUCCGCUUCCUCAAACGGCCUAGAAUCAUGGCGCUGGAAAGGGACCCUGGGGGUCUUCUAGUCCAACCCCCUGCAGAUGACAGAGCUCAGUAUGGGGGGGACAGGCUAAGCAU